ACAGCACAUGGCUUCAAACUUGACAGCCAGUGACUUGUAGUAGCCUUUACCUAUGGAAUCAACAAGACUAAAGUACUUAACACCACCAAUGUAUGAUCAAUUCCUGCUCAAAAUCUAAGCUAUUCACUGUCUGAUCAUGGCAGCUCCACUUCAGAUGGACACUGACUGAAGUGUUUGAACAAACCCUGAGUGAAAGAUGUGAGCUGUCAUUCAUUUGCCUGAUACGGACUUGAAACACGUGCCAAGGAUCCAGCGUGUUUGGCUUGAAGACGGUGAGAAGAGAGGACAGAGACAGUGCUGGUGCGGAGAUUGAGGCAGACCGGAUUGGAUUUCAUGGGGAACUUGCGCUGAUGUUGAGAUACCGCUGCUGCUUUUGUUUUAAUUUGUAACUCGACGCUGGAGCCGUCUGAGCUGGCAAUGGGAAAACUCUGCACAAGACAAGCACAAGAGGAAGGCACUAUCAAAGGCUCUCACUGCACAUCAAACUCAAGUAAAUAUAGUGUGGUCCGGCUCUCACCUGUGACAGUGUGUAAUUAAGCGGGCCAGAGGAGGACGCAGAUGCCAGAGAUGUGCUGUGCAGUUAAGGACCCCCACGAGGAAACCAAACGCUAUCAAAACCCCUUUUCACUGCUGCCCUUGGUCCACUGCCAAUCUCAUCCACUCCAACUGGCCAGCAGCAGUCAGGCCAGGACGUGCCCAGACACACAACCAGAGGAGCACGGCCACUGCACUAUGUGGACCACAAUGAAGGCAUUUCAGAAGAUGAUCUGCUCUCAGCUAGACCUCCCUCUCCCUGGAAAUGGGUUCUUUCCCGACGCAGGGGGUGCACUGUCCCAAACAAAGAGGUCACUGUGCGAAUCCUCCAAAAAUACAAAGAAGAAAAGGAAGGAAGAUAAGAUCAGAGCCUGUUCUCAUCCGCUGGACUCACGCUGCACACACAUCUCCCACAGAGGCACGCAGCAGGCUACUACUGAGGGCAUCAGGCUCACGAGGUACAGCUAUCAUCAGCACUAUCAUCCGCACAACCAGGGGAAGACCCAGGCCGCACCCACACCUCAGCACCCACACCCCUGCCCCUACACCAAACCGGACAGGGAGGGCAGGGGGGACAGAGGCCGGAAGACUUGGCUCACCACAGGAUCGUGCCUCCAGGCGACUGUUCCACGAAACAGUGCGGAGCGCUGGGAUGCUGCUGCAGAGGGGGGACCACUACAGUCCCAUGUGGACAAUCAACAGGCUGAACAUCUCACAUGCUCUUCAAAGAUCUGACACUAGUCCCACAGCUUUGUCCAAUCACAUGGCCUUCGACUAUCAGUUAAUUAAAGAGGAUCCUAUCAGAGCACAGCCGAUACAAUAUCUGAUGUAUUCUGUAUGAUCCAAUCACAAGACAGCUCCGCCAUCUCAACACACCAUCCCAGUUUCUGAGAUACACUUCACUACUGUUACAGCUUUUCAUGAAUAUAUAAAGAAUAGGGUUUGAUGUUCUUAAUCUUGUGUAUCCCUAAUUUGACCCAAGUCUUUUUGGUCUUUUAUCGUCAUUUAAGUUUUGAAGUGAAAGCGCACACAUUUUCUCAGUUGAAUUGCAUUGUUGGUACUGACCUGUACAGUACACCACUGAAACAAGACUCAACAGUAUAUAAUUAAUGUUAAUGGGUCUAUAACUGUAGGAUUAAACUUCAAACUAGUAAUUAAAGCUGUGAAUAUUUUGUUUAUAGAAAUAUGUGAUGGUUGAGGAAAGGUUAUCAGUCUAUUGCAUUUUUAUUUAUCAAAGCUAAAAUUUGACAGCCCCUCUGUAAACUUUGGCCCCAUCACAUGCCCUUUAACUAUCAGUUAAUUAAAGUUGUACCAAUCAGACACAGGCAGAUAUAAUAUCAGAUGUGUUGACUGUGAUCCAAUCAUACUGGGGCUGACGUUGCCAUGGGAGGUUAGCAGAGGUAGACCUGCUGCUCACUCAAGCACAAAGCCUGAGGAAUCCAGCGCUACUCAUCGGCGCAUCAGUAAACAUGAUUAUAGCCUGUUGUAAAGUCCAACAUCCAUAUCACACAGAAUAUAUUUAAAUAGAUAAAUGGUUUGGAGCUGCUUUCUCAACAGAUGCAAAUGGGAGGAUUUCCAUAUUACACAGGCUGGUUAGCACGGGUCUAAUCACACC